AGGUUCCGGUGACGCGUCGCUUCAGCGGGAUCGCCGUGAAAGCACCGGAUCGCAGAACGUCACGUGUCUCCGGUGGACAUCACAGGAGCGCAAAGUUCCCGACGAUCCAGAUGGGAAGAGCGGGAAUGCUUUCGCAAGCAGAGGGACCGAAGGACAUCACCUGAGACCGAUGUUAUUCGCACGCGCGCGCUUCACGGUAGACGCAUGCGGCGCCGCAGGAUGCGUGCAUGCGGGAAUUUAACGUUUCCAGUGUUGUUGCAAUGCGGCGGGGAGGAAUCUGAUGAGAGCAGGGAUCUGGGACGGUGAAGGCUGGGAUUCUGCGCUGCUGUAUCUGGAUCCAGACCUCUGAUCGUGCUCUCUCUCCGCUUGCGCAUCGCUCUUCGAAGCCGCGACGAUGACCAGCGCGGAUCAGGAGCAGCAUCAGGACCGCACCGUGACGACGGUCUCCAAGAAAUCCAUCAUCGCCAAGAUGUUCAAAGUGCGUAAGAGGAGGGAGAUGCUGCUGGCGCAGGUGUGUUUGGUCUGCAGUGUUCUGCUCGUGGCGUGGGGCAUGUCGAGCAUCCUGACCAGGACAGGUCAUGGUAUGAUUGUGGAGGAGUGGCAUAUGGAGUCACAUGAUCACUGGGGUCGACGGCUGAUGUCCUCUGCGCCUGAAAAUGCGACGGAGGUGAAGAACUGCACAGAGCCAGCCAUUCGUGAAUUUCCAGAUGACAUUUUCACCAAUGAUGAGAGGAAGAGCGGUGCUGUAAUGCUACAUAUUAUAGCGGCUCUCUACAUGUUCCUCGCUCUGGCAAUCGUGUGUGAUGACUACUUUGUGAUGUCUCUUGAGAAAAUCUGUGAGAAGCUGAAUCUGAGCGAGGAUGUGGCUGGCGCCACGUUCAUGGCGGCGGGGAGCUCAGCGCCCGAACUCUUCGCUUCUGUUAUAGGUGUCUUCAUCACUCACGGUGAUGUUGGAGUUGGAACAAUCGUCGGUUCUGCCGUCUUCAAUAUUCUCUGCAUCAUUGGAGUUUGUGGGAUCUUUGCUGGACAGGUGGUCGUACUCACCUGGUGGCCAGUUUUCCGUGAUUCUUUCUUCUACAUAUUGUCUGUAAUUGCUCUAAUUGUGUUCAUCUACGAUGAAAAGAUUGUGUGGUGGGAAAGUCUGGUUCUGGUGGUCAUGUAUGCUGUAUACAUCCUUAUCAUGAAAUUUAAUGCAAGCCUGCAGAAGUUCUUCUCAAGGCGGAGCGACAAGAAUGUUGCUAAUGGAAAUGCAGCGUCUGGCAGUGAACUGGAGGACGGUAAAGAGCUUUUAGACUGUAACUGGGACGAUCCGUCCAUACCGCUGUUGGGUCCAGUCAAGUCCAGUAAGGUUUACAGUCGAGGUUCAGUGGUAAUGGUUGAUGAAAUCAUCAACGCUAGUCCUCCACACUACCGUUUCCCUGAAGCCGGGCUCCGUGUGAUGGUCACAAACCACUUCGGACCCAAGACUCGUCUGCGCAUGGCCAGCCGUCUCAUUAUAACGGAGCGUCAGAGGUUGGUGCAGUCGGCUAACGGUGUGGAGACUGCUGUGGUGGACGGCAAGCCAGACAUCGAGAAUGGAAACGUCCCAGAAGACAAAACCGCUGAAGAGAAAGAGAGUGAGCUCACCUCGCCAUUCACAAUACCAGCCGGCUGUGUGAACAGAACUAAAUGGCUGAUCUCUUGGCCGCUGUUAUUGAUCCUGUUCUUCACCAUCCCAAACUGUGCCAAGUCUCGCUGGGAGAAAUACUUCAUGCUCUCGUUCAUCCUCUCCACCGUCUGGAUCGCCGUCUUUUCCUACUUCAUGGUGUGGAUGGUGACGAUCGUCGGAUACACGCUUGGCAUUCCCGAUGUCAUCAUGGGCAUCACGUUUCUGGCGGCGGGCACAAGCGUCCCAGACUGCAUCGCCAGCCUGAUCGUGGCUCGUCAAGGACUGGGAGACAUGGCCGUGUCCAACACCAUCGGCAGUAACGUCUUUGACAUUCUGGUGGGGCUCGGCGUUCCCUGGGCGCUGCAGACCAUGGCAGUCAACUAUGGAUCAGUUGUGAUGAUAAGCAGUCGGGGACUGGUUUACUCCGUGGUGCUGCUGCUGGGAUCUGUCGCGCUCACCAUUAUUGGGAUUCAUCUGAACGGCUGGAAGCUGGACUUUAAGCUGGGCGUCUAUGUGCUGGUUCUGUACGUCAUCUUCCUCUGCUUCUCCAUCAUGAUCGAAUAUAACGUCUUCACCUUCGUCAACCUGCCCAUGUGUCAGGAAGACUAAAAUCUUCACAUGGGCCGCUCCGUAUCCCAGAAUGCACCACCCUGAUGUCAGAACCACCAUCACCUCAGACUGGAGCGAUGUUAGUCUUCAUGAGGACUAACGCUUAAUUCAAGCUCCUUUCAUUCGACUCAUUUCACUGUGGAUGGAAAAAUGGAUACGAUCUUCCACUUAAGCUCAUUUUGAUGACCUCUGACCCCAGAUUUUGACUCAGAAAGAGGAACUUGUCCUUGGCAGCUCUUCUCUUCCAGUUUAAUAUUGUAAAAUGCAUGUCAAAUAGGAAGUCUAUGGACGCCUGGAUAAGCAUUCAUCCUUUUCUACAUGCUUACACUGAUCUAUUUCUAUUUCAUGAACUCUAUUGCUCACACAACUGUGAAUUCUUUUGCAUAAUACUAGUUUUUUUUUUUUUUUUUUUUGCUUAAAAGGAAGCAAAAUAUUUAGAAAUGCAAGAGAAAUUAACAUUUUUUUUUUCAUUAUUAUUGUGUCCUAAUUGGGUCAAUUGCCCAUGCAAAUCAGUGCGGUCUCAUUGGUCUAAAAAAAUCUGCAUAUUAAUCAUCAACAGCGUUGCAGCUGGCUGUGAUUAUGUUGCAGCACUGACUCUUUCAUUGCAGACAGACUGAUUACUUGUCAUUGGAAGCAUGUCGUGCCGGAUUAGGACAGAUGCAUGGUUAUUCUGCAUACAAGAUUUUUUUAAUCAGUAUUUUUGGUCUUGUUUUUUUCAGUAGAAAUAUCUAAACAUCCUUUAAACAAGAUAACUUUACUUGAAAACACAAAUGCAUUGAGUAGAAGAUUGCAGAGAAAAUAUCUUCAAUUAAGUUCAUUUGAAUUAUUCUUACAUCAUUCACAAAUUGUUUUGAGCAUAAACCCAAGUAUUUGGUUAGAUUUAUGCUUAAAGGUUUUAAAAUGCAUAUUUAGAAAAGCAAGAAGAAUGAAAGGAUUAUGUGCUAUCUAUUUUUAUCCUAAUAACAGUUCACAAAAAAAAAUCAGUUAUACCAAUGAAGUUUAGGAUUUUUGAGUUAUUAAGAGUUUUCGAAGUCUGUAUCUUUAAAAAUUAAGUAGAUUUUUUUUUCAAACUUAACUAAAUUUUGUUAGAUUUACUUUUUUUUUUUUUUAAAGGAAGAAAAUAUUUAAUGCAAGAGCAAUUAAAGAAUUGUUUAAAUCAUUGAUUGCUAUAGUAAACCGAGUAAAAAUAUAGGUUUAAUAGUUCAAGUUCAAAUAUUUGAAUUGUAAGAAAUUGCAAGAAAAAAUCGAAUUAAUUCAAAUUUACAUGAAUGAUAUUUAGAUAUUUGGAAAAAACAGACAUAAAUACUGAUAAUGAAUCAUUUUGUUUUGCAUAUAAAUUGUGAACUUGUAUAUUUUUUAUUCAGAUUACGCAGUGUUCUUGUUUUAUGAUUUUAGGAGGUUUUGUCAUCGCCUCUUUGAGAGCUCUGUGAAUAUAAACUUGCCUACAAAGAGAUUUAAUAAUUGUAUUUAUUAAUAGAUGAGCGUCUGUGAUGUGGUUUCUGGUGGUUUCGGGCUGGUCUUGUGCUCUUGAGAGGCACAUGAAGCCAUUCUUUCAUUGUGAAAUGUAGAAAUUAGCACUUUAAAGCAAGUGAGUGGUUGGUUCUCAGUCAGAAGUGCUUCCCUGUGUCAGACGUGUGGGUUUGUGUGUAGAUGUUAUUGUGUGUGUAUUUGUGCGUAUCAGGGGAAGACCUUCAGACAGUCCCUCACAUGAACAAUCCAUGCACUGCAAAAAAAAUUGUUCUCUUAUUUAGUAUUUUUGUCUUAUUUUUCAGUCCAAAUAUGUACAAUUUCUUGAAUCAAGAUUGUCUUGUUUACUGAAAAAUAUAUCAAAAUUAAACGAGUUUUUGCGUAAAACAAGAAAAAAUAUAUCUGAAAAAUACAAUUAAUUAAAAGGUAAAACAAGAUUAUUUUUCUCCAUUGGCAGUAAUUUUUUCCUUUUUAGAUUCUUGUUUAAUUAAUUAACUUUUUUUUUUUUUCAGAAAACAAAACUUAAAAGGCCUAUCAUACUGUAAGUCUUUUUCAUCUUGUUUUAUUAAAAGGAAAAAAAAUUAUUUUUAUUUUUAUUUUCAAAAUAAAAAGAAACAAAUUUAAAGCAAAAACGCAAAAAGUCUUGUUUUCAGAAAUUAAGUUUAAGUUUUUCUUGAUUUGAGCAAAAAAAAAAACUUUCCUUUUAAUAAAAACUAAUUAGCCUCUCAAGUCGUUUUCUGACUAAUUAAGUGCUUUUACUUAAAACGAGAAAACAUUUGAAAAAGAAAGUCAGAAAACAAGAUUUGAGAUGCAAAAUGACAGGAUAAUCUAUUAAGUCUUAUUUUAUUAAAAAUAUGUAUCAAAAUGAAGUGAGGUUUUGCUUAAAACAACUAAAAUAUCUAUCAGUGGGGUCAGAAAACAAGAUUUCUGCUCUGAUAUUUCUGUUUUAAGCAAGAUCUCACUCUCAGGUAAAUGUAUCUUGAUUUAACAAUGUAUUUGUACUGGAAAACAAGACAACAACACAGAGGAAGCUCAUUAUUUUUUUGCAGUGCGAGCACAGCCACCAUCAGCACGCGACUGCAGUGCAUUAUGGGAUUUUCCACCGAGGUGAUCUUGCGUUUCCGACCCGGCAGCUACAGAACCAAACCUCUGUGGAGACGUUUUCCCGUCAUGCGGAUCGAAGCGUGACAAAAACAGUGUGGGCAUCCGCAGCAGAGAACGGGGUUUAUGCAAUAUAAGAGCUGUGCACAGCAUACGGACUUCAUUAUUUAUGAAUGUUGGGAGUGAAAUAGCAAUAGGAUGUGGACUUGUAGUGGACACUAUGCAGGGAGGAAGUGGCUUUGCUCUCCAGUGCAUUAACUUCCUCCUUACAGGGCACUUCAAGACUCAGACACAGACUAAUGAGUAACCUUGGACUUCUGAGCGGAAGACUAGUUACAAUAAGAAGAGAUGGAAACUAUGAAGGUGUUUAUUUAUUCAGCACGUCUUGCGCAUCCUGCAAUCUCGACUUCAUCCAGAGACAGUUACUGUAGUUCCUCUGCACCUUUCUUACAGACACUUCAUGCAUUUCUGCCUAAUACAGGAACAUUUCAAACACAAAACCAAGCAUAGAUUAAUAUUCUCUAGUGCCAUUUUAAUAAAAAAUGGGGUUAAAUCUCACAAAAACAUGUCCAUGUAGCUUAUAUUUCACCCCAAAUCAAAAGCUGAGGUUAUAUUUUGCAUAUGAUGUCUCUUUUUGGGAGAUUGUUCAUUGUGACACCAAUUUGAUGAAAAUUAAGCACAAUUUUAUUUUUUAUUUUUUGGGGGGUUUAAUUUGUUUUAUGAUUAUUUGAAGCCUAUUUCUGUUAUGGAAUAUAUAAUUGUGACUUUUUAUCUAAAUAUUUUGACUUUUCUCAUUAAAUUUGUGUUUAAAUCUCACAAUUCUAGCUUUUUUCCCCUCUGAAU